CACUGCUCCCGGGAAUGCCUAGCAGAGGAGGAAAAGGAGGAGGAGGAGGAACAGGAGAUGCAGCCGGUGUGCUGGGACUGGCGCUAGCACGAGACGCUGACUGGCUUUAGCCCACCCAGGGGCGCGUGAGUCCCGCCAGCCGCCGCCUCUCUCCGCCCGUCCCGUCGGGGGGCCAUGGUGGUGCUGACCCUCUGGAAGCGCUGCUGCCCACCGCCGCUGCCGCCGCCGCCACCGCCGGAGUGAAGGCGCUGCCUCCUUGGCUCCCUUCGCCCCCCGCUCCUCCCUCUGGCCCCCUUCCGCCAUGGAGAUGCCCAACAGCACGACGGCGGCCAACGGCAGCCAGCCUACUAGCCUGGCGCCCGCGGCCACCCUGGGUUACCAGCUGGGUACGUCGGUGGUGCUGGGCGCGCUGAUCCUGUUCGCCGUGGCGGGCAACGCAUGCGUCAUCGCCGCCAUCGCCCUGGAGCGCACCUUGCAGACUGUGGCGAACUACCUGAUCGGCUCUCUGGCCGUCACGGACCUGAUGGUGUCGGUGCUCGUGCUGCCCAUGGCCGCCCUGUACCAGGUGCUGGGCAAGUGGACGCUGGGCCAGGUGACGUGCGACAUCUUCAACUCCCUCGACGUGCUGUGCUGCACCUCGUCCAUCCUGCACCUGUGCGCCAUCGCCCUGGACCGCUACUGGGCCAUCACGGACCCCAUCGACUACGUCAACAAGCGGACGCCCCGUCGGGCCGCCGUGCUCAUCAGCCUGACGUGGCUGAUCGGCUUCCUCAUCUCCAUCCCGCCCAUGCUGGGCUGGCGGACCCCAGAGGACAGGGCCGACCCCAACGCGUGCACCAUUAGCAAGGACCCCGGCUACACCAUCUACUCCACCUUCGGCGCCUUCUACAUCCCGCUGCUGCUCAUGCUGGUCCUCUACGGGCGCAUCUUCAAGGCGGCGCGCUUCAGGAUCCGCAAGACCGUCAAGAAAGCAGACAAGAAGCAGCAGCAGCACGAGGAUUCGGAGAAGGUAGCCGAUACCUGCCUGUCGGCCUCGCAGUCCAGCGGGGAACCCAAGCGGAGUAACGGGGGUCCCCAGCAGCAGGCCAAAAGCUGGAAAAGCGCCGUCGAGCCCAAAGGGCCCGAGGGCCCCUGUAUCAAUGGGGCCCUCCGGCUGGGCGAGGACGGCCCGGUGGCUGCCUUGGAAAUCCUCGAGGUCAACCCGUCCAACUCCACCAAGAGCCACCUGCCCCUGCCCAACCACCACCACCACCAUCACCACCACCAUCAAGGGGGCUCGGGGGCGGCCACGCCGUCGACGGAGCGCAAGAACGAGCCCAAGAACGCCGAGGCCAAGCGCAAGAUGGCCCUUGCCCGGGAGAGGAAGACGGUCAAGACUCUGGGCAUCAUCAUGGGCACCUUCAUCCUGUGCUGGCUGCCCUUCUUCAUCGUGGCGCUGGUCUUGCCGUUGUGCGGCUCGGGCUGCUACAUGCCGGACUGGCUGGGCGCCGUCAUCAACUGGCUAGGCUACUCCAACUCGCUCCUCAACCCGGUCAUCUAUGCCUACUUCAACAAAGAUUUCCAAAGUGCUUUUAAGAAGAUCAUCAAGUGCAAGUUUUGCACGCAGUGACUGGAGCGCAGGGAGGGACAGCAUACACACAGACAGACACGCUUUUUGGGGUGAAGUGGGGGGGCUGGGAGAGGGG